UGGGAGAAUAUGAGAGAACAGGUUUUAUAACAAGCAGGUGUGUUGGAAUUUGCCCUCAAAAAGUGCCUUAAUUUUAAUUUUAUUUUAAAAACCUUAUUAAAAUGGACCCUAUAAAAUACGAAGAGUUAAAAAAUCAGACUUUACUAUUUUUUGUUGAGAAAUUGAUCGAGAUAGAGUUAGAACAGGGCGUGGGUAGCAGCAAUGGGACCAAGAAAUCAUCCCGAACGUUACAUGACUUGUCCUGUCAGUUUGGCUCGAAAGGAUUUACGAGAGAAAUGCGACAAAUAGCUGGAGGUUCACAAUCCGGUUUAAGAAAGUUCCUCUCCGAGUACCCCUCAAUAUUUCAUUUAAAUAACGACCUAGUUUCAUACAAAGAAACUCGCAAAGAAACCACACCCACAGAAACCACCUCGAGUAAAAAUACUGCCGUGGAAUAUUUCCGAGAACGCAUGCUUCAAUAUGGAAUGGGGGUUUCUGUCCCUGUCCGAAGCUUGUUGGGACACCGCUCACAAGCCCCGACUUCCAUCAGGUCCGUGUCUGGACAGCACUUACCCGAAUUUCUCGCAUUUCUCGCCUCCCACCCCCAAGUUUUUAAACUGAAUCAAGAAGCAGAAUCUGUAAUUUUGGUCGAGUUUGACACAGUCACACCCACCACCGCUCAAAUAAGUGAUAAACCUCCGAUGGAAAUAAUUUCAAAGGAAAAUGUACUGAAUUUGAUACAGUUUUAUUUCAAAAUUUUAAAAUCUCGUGGGCCCAUGUUGGUCGAACAAUUGUUUCACGUGACGAGCCAGUUUGAUGACAAUUCAUACGAAUGGAUGCGAUGUCCUGGCGAUUUAAAAAGUUUCUUUGGAAUGCAUGGAGAAUGUUUUGAGGUCCAUUCUAAUCUAGUAACGCUCUCUGACUCGUACGAAAUAGGAUUCGAGUAUUUAAAAAAUCACUCAAAAACUAUUCAAAAUUCGACAAAAAUUUCGAUAGAAAUUAAUAAACCGAUCCCAUCCGUCCCCCCGACACAGCAACCACUUCAAAACAAAAUCAUACCACCGGUCAGAAACACCUUAAAAUCCAGAGUGUCUUCAAUUUUGUUGAAAACUUUGGAAAAUAAUGAAUCAAAAGUUAAGCGAAAUCCUCCCUCUCACAUGAACAAUAUCGAGUUGAAUAACAACUUGAGUGAAGAGGAUUUCAAAAAUUACCUCAUUUCGAAAACUUUGAUCGUAUCAAAUUCACGGAAGGCGAAAGAAAUCGCGGAAUCCAUUUUAAGAUGCGGAAAUCCAAUCUGUGUCGAUAUAGAGGGCAUAAAUUUAGGCGAUGAAAAUGGUGUGAUAACCCUGAUACAAAUUUGUGAUGGAAAUGGGGACGUAUUUUUAUUCGAUGUGCUCACCGCGGGGGGUGCGGGGGGAGGAGUUGUGGAGGAGGUUGCAAGGAUUUUGGGUUCAGAGGUGGUCGUAAAGGUGCUUCAUGACUGUCGUAACGAUUCUGGCAGUUUGUUUAAAGAAUAUGGAAUUCUUUUAAAGAACGUUUUCGACACACAAUCCGCCAGUGAAGUUAUUUUAGGGUCUGGAAACGGGAAAAAGUCGAGCGGUUUGAAUGGACUCUGCUCAUAUUAUGGUGUGCCAAUGGGGAAUAUUUUUAAGGAUAAGAUUAAGUCCAUCUACCGUUCAGACCCACGAUUUUGGUCUCGCCGUCCAUUAACCAAACAAAUGAUUGCAUACGCAGCAGCGGAUGUGGUCGUGUUACAAAAAUUGUAUGAAAAAAUGCACCCAUUAAUUAAAGAAAUGGAUGAGGAAUUUUUUACCGAACUGGUAAAAGAACAAAUUCUAGCUUGCAUAGCGCCAGAGGAGACUCGACAGCGGCGUAAGCUACGUAAAAAUGAGCGUGACUUGAUCGAGCUGAAAUCUAAAAUUGAGAAAACAUUUGAAAACGGAGAGAUCGUGGUCUUAUCGAAUCGUGAACUAAGAUUAUUAAAACACUUAACUCUCCCCGAAGAAAUUAAGGCAUCGUUAAAAUCAAGCUUGAAAAUUGCGAAAAAACUUGAAAAAUUGGAAAAACGUGAAAUAAAUCAAGAUUUAAAUUCAACAUCAAGUUCUGAAAUGGCCAGUCUUGAAGAAUUUAAUUCUUUAUCGUCCGUAACUCAAGAUUCCGAAGUGGAGCCGAUUUCAUCCAGUUUUAUCAAAGUGGAGGAAUUACUAAGCGGAUUGAGUGAUCUAGUCAAUAACGAGGACAAAACCGUGUUUGAAAAAGAACAGGGCGCAAAAGUUGUCACAGUUGGGACACAAACAAGUUCCACAGGAGACAUUGUUGUGAUGAAGAUCUAUCAAGAUUUUUAAUUAAUUUAUUAACAAAGUUCUCAUAAUUAUUACUAAUAAUAACCGUUAUUAAUUGUAUUAAUUUAUGGUAUUUAUCGAUUAAAAACUUGAUCGCUAUACUCUAGCCGGAACUAGAGUGGUGUACUAACAAAACU